AGACAGUCAAUUCCACCAUGCUCAAGGACAUUGUAGAACGAACAUCUUCCCCUGCAGAGGCUCCGAAAGCCCCGGCACCUAGCUCUACCGGCUUCCCCGUCGCCGUUCAUCGCUCUCAGCGACCAUCUGCGUUUGCACGAGCCCGAAGGGCACAACAAGCUUUGAAAGAAGAAGGAAAGCAGGAGAUAGGCUAUGGAAAGGCUGUAGAUACCGUCCCAACUGUACAGGCUGCAGGACCUGCAUCUGCUUCAAGCAUGACAGAAUGGGAAGAGGUAAAGAGACAAGUGCAAGGAGAUAAUUCAAAGAGAGUACAGAAUAUGAGUCAGCAAGAGCGAGAACAGGAGAUCGAGGAACUUAGGGAGAGACUAGGCGACAAGACUUUGGAUCUUUUGAGGAAAAGGGCUGAGGCUCGUCAGUCAAAGCGCAAUCUUCUAGAUGUCCCCAAAAGCGAACUGUCAUCUAUCGACUUGGAGCAGCCUUUCAAUGCAAAUAUCACACAGAAGAUUUUGCAGGAUGUCUCAGAGGAGAAUACAAGGCGGGUCGACUUAAUGAGCUUCGAAGAAAGGGAGCAAGAGACGGAGGAGCUAAGGGAAAGGUUUGGAGAUAAGAUCAUGGAAGCUUUGAGAAGAAGGGCCGAGGUAAAGUUAACAGAAGGGAAGAGCAACGUCGUGGAACGCUCAGUGAAGCCCGAUGUCCCUGCUUCAUCGAGUAUAUUAUCGAACUCCCAGGACGACGACACGAACCUCGACAUUCUUAAAGCCAAAUACUUCCCUACCCUUCCCUCAGAGCCAUCGAAACUUGAGUGGCUGCAACCCAUAUCUGCGCCUUCAAGCGACAAGUCGAUUAGGUUUGACCUUUCUGGAAAAGUACUUUCUGCCAAAGAUACAGCAUCUCUUCCCACCCAUCUGGGCUUACAUCAUCAUGGAGAAUCACCCGACUUAGCUGGCUAUACUUUCCAGGAUAUAUUAUAUCUCUGUCGAUCAACAGUACCGAGUCAGCGUAUAACCAUGAUGGGUGUACUCAGCCGGAUCCUAGGAAGAUUACACAAUGGGGAAUUGGACCAAGCUGUCCAGACUGAGUGCGAUGAAACGCAGGUUGUCCAGAAAGCUAUCGAACUUGGCGUAGAAGUGCUUGCUGGUUUGACAAGAGGAGCAGGUGUGAUUCGAGCAAGCGUGGAGCUCCUGUUCGAAGCAUUAUGCGGCCCUUCAUGGGUAUUUCCUGACGAUUCCAUCAAUGCCGACAAUAUCUAUCAACCAUUUAUCCAGCCACUUAUGACGGCCCAGAGCGACCCAACUGGGAUUGCUUCCAUACCAUUUGAAGAUGUACUUCCUCGCCUCACUGAGCUACUUUCCAUACCUGAUGCUCUUCCCAUAAUGACCACCAACCAGUUGCUGCUCAUUCUUCGACGCGCUACUCUUUUGUCAAGCGACCUUUGCGAAACCAUCUGUCCCAUUGUACCGGCCAUUCUCAAGCAUCACGUCACCCAAAGAUCUUGGCCACCAAAAGGCGAUAACCGACCGAAUGUGGAAGGAUUGGCUCUUUUGAGGGACAUCACGGCAAGCUCACGGGCUUGUGCGGAAGACCUUCUGAGUCAGAGAGUUUAUGAGUCUACUCUCAAAUUCGUUAUAUCUGCCACUUGGAGCGAAGGGAAUGACGUCAACAAGCAAGAGGUUGCUCAUAGCCUGGCGUUGGAAGUUUUGCGAAUUUACGCCAUUCUUGGAAGGUACGGCUUAUCAGCUUCGAUCGUUGCGUCUAGCUCUGAAGUAUGGCGUCUCUUUGGGAAGUGGGUCCAGCAGCGUUCCGCCUCUGAGACCAUACCGCCGUUGGAAAGUAGUCUUGUCAAGGCCUACUUUGACCUUCUCAAGAUUUGGGUCACAUGUGCCAUAGACCCGCAUAGAACAACUCCUGAGCAUGACAUUACCUGGGCUCAGGUUGUGGCACUCGAGUGGAUUGAUGAGGCUGUAUCUUCCGUCAAGCAACUGUUGGGUCGGUUAGAACGAUUGGAAGAGGUGGCGUCUGCGCUAAAUAUGUUGGUCAGUUGGGCAACAGGCGCCAAGGUCAAUGGGAUAAAGAGCGGUGAAGAAGAAAAGAAGAUUAUGCUUGCUGGGUUGAAGACUUCAGGUCUGGAAGAAGCCAUAGAGUCAAUGAGAAGUGGUGGAGAAAAUGAGACAAGGAUACUCUGGUCGGCCGUGAGACUGCACGGCCAGCUGCAUUCUGUGGGGGAGCUGUUAAGCAAGGACACACUUGCUGCACUCCAGUUGGCUUUCUUGGUAACAAAUGGGCCGACGGUCCGCUCAGCCACCUAUCUUCGGUACGAGCUUCUUCGACUGAGUGUACAGAGCAAGAGUCUCUCCCCUUCAGAAUGGUUGCCCGUUGCUUUGGACUUAUUCCUGUCAUUCGACGUUGGAGACGAGCCUCUCGCUCUUGAUUUGGUCGAUGAUAUUUUGAAAGCAGAUUGGUCCAGCACAAUUCAUGUCAUAGCCGAGCAAUACUCUGCUCUUUCUCAUCCCGACAAAUUGCAAAUACUCCGACCCCUUUUGCAUUAUACCAUCCUGCCCGACGUCGAAAACGUCGUUGGCCCCUCUCAACCCUCCCAUAUUUACCUCAAAGCCACAUCAACUCUUCGCGCUCCACCAACUUCCCUCGACCUUAAUAAUAUCACCGGUUUGCCUCUUCAACCCGAUUGGCUCUUUUCUCCUCUCAACGAACUCCUUCGUUCUGGCACGUCUAUUGCACUUUCCCAAGUGCCGUCCGACUGGAGUGCUUCUGAGACAGAGAUUGUACAGUCAGUCUUGUUUCUGGGUCAAUUGCAAUGUGCCUCAGCUAUGUGGACGGAACGUUUAGGUGGAAGCCGAUUGUUGUUCAACAUGAUGAAGGUAUUCAUGCUCGAGCACGGGCAACAGACACAGACGUCAACAAGCGAAGGAGAGGUGUUCAGGGAUAGCCAAGUGGCCAAGGGCAUGAACCGACUCAUGGAACAUCUGACAAACCCCAUUGCUAUUGCGGAGAAAUAUCCCUUUGCAUCGCUGGAAACUGUUGCCCUUCCUUUCCUUACAGCCGGUGUACCCUUCUUCCAGUUCUACACUGAUUUCCUUGCUCUGUAUGAGGCUAUUUCCUUUUCCGACAUGAUAUUCACUCAGCUUCUCCUCCCUCCUCUCGCCAUGUCCUAUCCAUCUGACUAUCGAAAGCUUCUUUGGAAUGACCAUUCGACUGCACUGAGAGGAAUGAGGGUCCGACUACACCAAGUGCCCCUUGAGGACGGGACGGGGCUCGACGGCUACUUUGCUCCUAAAGAGACCAGUAAUGAAGUCCUCUCUGGGUAUGCCCGUGCCCUCACUAGAGGGUGGGUGAUUGAGGAUCGCAAUGAGUUCCUUUUCAGGGUAGCUUCACAUCAUCUGGCCGAGUUGUUUUGGAGGGGGAUGGAAGAGGCUAAGGAAUCAGAUAGAGUGGGUUUGAUGGUUGGUAUCUUAUCUACGGGAACAGACGGGUUGGUCAGGAGGUUGUUGGAAUGGAAUCUUGAAACAAGGGGUGAGGGAGUGGUUGGGCCUGAGGAAAAGCAAAAAAGGAAAGAGGCGGUUGGCAAGUUAACUGGGACGAAGGGGAGUAAAAGGGUUGAGAGCUUAUAAUGGUAGCAUUGUAAUCUGAUCUGGUCAGCUUUAUGGUCAUCUUUUUAAUUCGAACAAACAUCACAUAGGUUGCAGUGCUCCUCAAGCAUGUAUACGUUAUCGUAAAUCUCUAAUUAAG